UAUUUUUUUUUUCCUCCAAACAUUUUUUCUGCACACACAUAUAAAUAUAGCUAAAGACACGUACAUAUCUGUCUCUCGUAUUGGAAUUGCAAAUCCAUCAAGAUAUUUUGGUAUUGAUAUUUUAUAGAUAUGGCUGGUAUGUGUUGUGGUGUUGUGGGAGAUACAAAGACGACGUCCACAGUUGAACCCAGCAGUGGACGUCAAGGCAGACGUCGCCGGAUGGAAAUCCAUCAGCUACAAUUCUUAGCUGAUGCAGCUUCUAAGGUCGUCAUGCCUUUGCCUGAAAGUAGCAAUAGAAAAAGAAGAAAAGUUGAAAUACUAGAAGCGAUUCAAAAUACUACUAGUACUGGUGGGGAUGGUCACGAUGUUGCUCCAAAACAGGCCGAGGAAGAAGUUGUUGGAACAUCGUCGCAAACCUUGAACGAGGAUGUGUUGCACAAAGAGAUGUCUAGAUUUGGUCUUACGGUUGUUUGCGGGAGAAGAAGAGAUUUGGAAGAUGCUGUUGCGGUUAAACCUUCUUUUUGUCAAUCGGAUUCUCAGGAUCUUCACUUUUAUGGCGUGUACGAUGGCCACGGAUGUUCACAUGCGGCAAUGAAAUGCAAAGAUAGAAUGCAUGAGAUAGUGAAAGAAGAAGUUGAGAACAGCGAGAAACCAAUAGAAUGGAAAGAUACAAUGGUGAAAUGCUUUUCAAAAAUGGAUAAAGAUGUAACCGAGUGGAGCAAUCGUGCUUCUAGCUCAAAUUGUAGAUGUGAGCUUCAAACUCCACAGUGUGAUGCUGUUGGAUCUACUUCCGUAGUUGCCCUUGUCGCUCCUGAUAAAAUUAUCGUCUCUAAUUGCGGCGAUUCACGGGCUGUACUUUGUAGGAAUGGUGUUGCCAUCCCUCUCUCAACGGAUCAUAAGCCUGAUCGACCCGACGAACUUGAACGAAUUGAAAAGGCGGGUGGCCGUGUUAUAUAUUGGGAUGGUGCUAGAGUUCUUGGUGUGCUAGCCAUGUCUAGAGCAAUCGGUGAUAACUAUUUGAAGCCAUACGUGAUACCGGAACCGGAAGUAACCGUAACGGAACGUACAGCUGAAGACGAGUGUCUUAUCCUUGCGAGCGACGGCUUAUGGGACGUAGUAUCAAACGACGUAGCAUGCAGCGUCGCUCGCAUGUGUCUGAGCUCUCAGGAGGUCCCAUCACCGCCGCGUUCGCCCGGAAGUGAGCUAAACGUGGCGCGUGGUGAGAGCUCAGACAAGGCAUGUUCCGAUGCUUCAAUACUUUUAACCAAAUUAGCCUUGGCUAGAAGAAGCACGGAUAACGUUAGCGUUGUGGUGAUUGAUCUAAGAAGAAAUCUAUAACAAUAAUAAUGACACUCUUUGUUUUUAUUAAAUAGAAAUUUAAGCAAUUUUUUUUUGUUUCUUUAACAUUGUUUCAUCAAAGAUGGAAAGGUUUGAUGUAUUAUUGUUAACGAUAACGAUAUUAAUUAAUUUUAUCAUUAUUAUAA